AGAGGAUUUAAUUUAAUUCAGAAGAUAUAAUAAAAUAAAAUAUUCAAGCCAUCUACUGGUAAAAUAAUAAAAGAGUUAAGCGGCUCGAUAAAACAGUCGAGCAUCGGAGUUCUUGUGGCAGAAAAUCUCUGCCUCUCACUUUGUAUAAAAAAUUUAUAUAAACACCUGACAUGUCUGGGCAAGUGUUACAAUGACUAGAGAUUCGCAUUGCGCGGUUGUCGCGCUUUCGGUCCGGUUCGGCAGUGUAGCUCCUACUCGGUCUACCUCGGUUCCAUUAUCACGGGCGCGACCGCGAGUCCGUCACAGGUCCCAGGUUGUCCGGUUUAGUAACGUAGCCGCGUGGCAAGCACGCAUGGUGAGAGUAAGGCUUCAAAGCGGAUUAAAAUCUACUGGCAAGAUUGACGGAUCAUUGUCAGACAGUAUCCGGUUGCGCACUCGAUCAUUCUAGAGUUGAGGUAGAUUAUCGCGUCAGCGCAAGUUAGUCAUUGAUUUUAUCUGGAUAGCUAACUGGACGAUCUGAGGAACUAGAUCUUAAGACACUUGGAACAACAAACUUCUUCUGAGAUCUUAAACAAUUCACCCGUUUUAUUGGCAGUAAAGGCAAUAAAAAACUACCGCCACGUGUUUAACACUUGUGCUAUCACUUAAUAAUUAUCACUUAAAAUAUAUUAUAUUAUUAUAUUUUAUUUAUCGUUACAAUUUAUACUUGUAUGUACAGGUGAUAUUUAAGAUGACGAAGGUAUUUAAAGAGAUCGCCGAGUCUUGUGGAUAUCAUUCCCAUCAAGAUAUCGUCGGGUGAUUAAGUGUUUUCUUGUAUUGUUAUAUAUUUUUAUUUACAAAUCACAAAUUUUUUUAUUUUUUUUUCAAGUGUUACUAUUGUUUAAAAUGAAUGGCAUUUAUUUAUUCCGGUGGCAAUAAGUGAUUUUACUACUCAAAAGUUUGAUUCGGUGGCCUACAUUCACCCGGGUUACGUUUUCUGCUAAUAAAAGCAUCAGCGGAAGACAAGAGUAAGAGAUUAAGUGAUUGUUAUAUACGUUUACCGCAACCACAGGAACAAACUCAAGAUUUAAAAAAUAAAUAAUGGAUUUAUCAACAAUAGAAGCUUCAAAAUUAGCUUUACUAAAAGCACAAUCAAUGCCGCACAGUAACUCGCGAAUAGGAAUAAUAACAAAGCCAAUAAACAUACGUAAAAUGAGCACAAUGGAAGAAGAGAGCUCUGAGGAUUUAGAUACUAGCACUCAUCAGAUCGCAGUGAUGAAUCUCGGGCAGCAGACUAAUCUCAGUAACAAUUACACCUGCAACGACGAUUCUGAUCUGAGUGAUCACGAGCGGGAGCGAGGAAGGCUGCUCUCAGCUGGCAGCCGUAGAAUUUUUAUUGUGCCAGCUACUGCAGCAAGUGGUAGUAAUCCUAGUGCUCAGAUAGGUCAUACCACCACCACCAGCUCUACCGGAAGCGGGAACGGGAAUUUAAUAAGCAAAAAAUCAAGCUGCAGUCGUAAUAGCAGUGCCGAGAGCUUUCAAGAUAGCAAGUCGAGAAGAAGGGACGAGGAAUUAACGAUGCGGAUCAGCCGUGAUAACAGUUUCCAUCGGGAGUCCGUGAACGGUCAUCACCAUCCUAAUCACAAUCAUCAUCACCAGCAUCAGAAUCACCAUCACAGCUACCAUCGCGAUCAAAACGGUUUGCACCGCGAAAACUCAGCCCACGGAAGAUUUAAUCGCGGAGUUGAAUUGUACGGAGGCAGACAUCGGUAUCCAAGCAUGCGUUCGCUCAAGUCAAACGCCACCGAGGAGCAUCAUCAACAGCCGACAACCAGCUGGGCUUCGAUGAGCUUCUCCGACGCUACUCCAAGCCAGUCUCCAGCUCGUGGAGCGCCGUUCCAUGAGUCCGUUUCGAUUCGCUCCUUGGCUUCCAUUGGACUGGGAUCCUCCGAUGGCCGAAAAUUGACGAUAAGACGGGUCCCAACCUCGCCAUCUGAAUUGCUCAACAUGCUUCAGUCUCCGCCUCUGGAUGAUGACAUGUCGACGACAGACACCGAUGAUUACGGGACAUUUGACGACUUGAGUGACUAUCAUCAACCAAAACGGCCUCACUGGGCGAAUAAAAUCCAGUUUGUUUUGGCCUGCGUCGGGUAUUCCGUAGGUCUUGGCAAUGUAUGGAGAUUUCCGUACUUAUGUUACAGCAGCGGUGGUGGUGUAUUUUUGAUCCCGUACUUUAUUAUUCUAAUUGUUUGCGGAGUUCCAUUGCUGUACAUGGAACUUGCCGUCGGGCAGUUCACCAGGCGAGGUCCGAUUGGUGCUUUGGGACAAAUUUGUCCUUUAUUUAAAGGUGCCGGUUUGUCAUCGGUGGUGAUAUCAUUCCUAAUGUCAACAUAUCACAACGUAAUAAUAGCCUACGCGAUAUAUUACUUCUUCACAGCGUUUAAACACGAGCACCCGUGGGCGAACUGCAACAACUCGUGGAACACCCCAGCCUGCUGGCACCCGGAAGCUCACGGUAACCGCAGUAAACCCAACACUUCCCGGACACCGUCGGAAGAAUUUUUCGACAAGAAAGUACUCCAGAUCAGUGCUGGGAUUGAAGAGCCAGGGAUCCUCAGGUGGGAAAUAGUCGCCUGCUUGCUCACCGCCUGGAUUAUUGUCUACUUCUCAAUAUGGAAGUCCAUCAAAUCGUCGGCUCAAGUUCGCUAUUUGACUGCGACCCUUCCGUUCCUUCUGAUUUUUGGGUUUCUUCUUCGCGCUCUCACGCUGCCGGGAGCUGACAAAGGUUUACAAUUUUUCUUUCGUCCACGAUGGGAAUUACUAGGUAAUGCCAAGGUUUGGGUAAACGCAGCGGCUCAAAUAUUCAAUUCAUACGGGAUCGCAUUUGGUUCGAUGAUAUCCUUCGCGAGCUACAAUAAGUUUCACAACAAUAUCUUUGUGGAUACUCUUGCGGUCUCGCUGAUAAAUGGAUUGAGUAGCUUGCUCGUGGGUAUAUUUGCCUUCGCAGUAAUCGGCAAUAUUGCCGUUGAACAUAAUACUACCGUUAAUGCGGUACUCACCGAUGGACCUGGUCUGGUGUUCGUCGUGUAUCCUCAGGCCUUGGCGAAGAUGCCCGCGUCCCAAUUGUGGGCCGUUUUGUUUUUCUUUAUGCUCGUCUGUCUCUCAUUGAAUAGUCAAUUUGCUGUUGUUGAAGUAGUCGUGACGUCAAUACAAGACGGAUUUCCCAAUUGGGUGAAAAAAAAUUUACUUUGUCACGAAAUGUUAGUUCUUAUUAUUUGCGCUGUUUCUUUUAUUUGCGGAUUGCCCAAUGUCUCACAGGGUGGAAUAUAUUUCUUUCAACUGAUUGAUCAUUAUGCAGCAUCGAUUUCUAUCAUGUUCUUGGCAUUCUUUGAAGUUAUCGCAAUAUCGUGGUUCUACGGUGUACGAAGACUGUGUAGCAAUGUCUCGGAAAUGACUGGAAGAGUUCCAUCGAUGUACAUUCAAUUUUGUUGGUUUAUAGCAGCACCUCUUCUGAUAAUGUCGGUAUGGGUAUUUAGUUUGAUUGAUUAUCAAAGCCCGACGUAUGGCAAUGGAGCUUAUCAGUAUCCAUGGUGGGCAGAAGCUGUUGGUUGGGGAAUAGCGUCCUUGUCACUGAUCUGCAUUCCAGCAUUUGCCGUCUACGUAUUAAUUAGAGCCGAGGGCGUUACUUUCACCGAGAAACUACGCAAUUCAAUUAGAUCACAUUUUGAGGCCUGCAAAGUAUGUCGUCAGGAAUACUGCGCAAAUCCGCUGCAUAAUUUAUCGGAUACCGAUAAGGAGCAAAUCAAACAACCACUCCAAGAAAUGAACAGUCUGAUAAAUAACGUACCCAUCACAAUAAUACCCGCAAAGUCUAAAACAUAAUAAUAACAAUAACAACAACACUACUAAUUAACUGUCAAUAGAUGAAAUUAAAUAAUAUUCAUAAAAA